CCUGGCCAGCGAUGAGGCAGUGACUGCAGGGAGCAGCUCGGCUCCUGGAGGAGGAGGAGGAAGCUCUGGCCUUUGCAGACCCCCUUCUCCUCCUUAUGGAAAGUCUCAGGCCAGGCAUGGGACCAUUGGAGGGAGCCAACAGCUCAUUCACCAUGGAGAAGACAGCCUUAGAUGAGAAGCUGUCACAGGGCUGGCCUGCCAAGGACUUUGUCACUCCCACCCAGGCCCUCUCUGGGUCCCGCAGUGUCAUGAUGGACAGCACCAAGAUCCUGGGGGUCCAGGUCAUCCUGAUUGCUGCCUACUCCCUCAUCAUUCUGCUGGGCUUCAUCGGCAACUCCCUGGUCAUCUACAUCAUAGUGAAGUACAAGACCAUGAGGACUGUCACCAACUUCUUCAUAGCUAACCUGGCCCUGGCAGACCUGAUGGUGGACACACUCUGCCUGCCCUUCACCCUGGUGUACACCCUGCUGGAUGAGUGGAAGUUUGGAGCUGUGCUUUGUCACCUGGUUCCUUAUGCUCAAGCUCUGAGUGUCCACGUGUCCACUCUCACCCUGACUGUCAUUGCCCUGGACAGGUACCGCUGCAUUGUUUUCCACCUGGACAGCAGGAUUUCCAAGAGGCUCAGCUUCACCAUCAUAGCUGUCAUGUGGCUGGCAGCAGCUGUCCUAGCAGGGCCCCUGGCCAUCUUCAGGGAGUACCGGUACGAGGAAAUCCCGUCCAUUAACCUCAAAAUGGCUGUGUGCUCAGAAAAAUGGCCCUCUGCUAACAACAGAGAUGCCACCAUCUACAGUCUGUCCAUGCUCCUCCUGCAGUAUGUUCUUCCUCUUGCCAUUAUUUGUUAUGCCUACACCAGGAUCUGGUUCAAGCUGAAAAACCAUGUCAGUCCCACUUCUAGGAAUGAAAACCAGUGCCGGAGGAGGAAGACAACCAAAAUGCUCGUGAUGGUGGUUGUGGUGUUUGCAGUCUGCUGGCUCCCCUUCCACAUAUUCCAGCUUGCCAUUGAUCUUGAUCUGGUUCUUAUCUUCCACGAGUACAAACUCCUGUACACUGUCUUCCACGUUGGGGCCAUGUGCUCUACGUUUGUCAACCCCCUGCUCUAUGGAUGGAUGAACAAGAACUACAGGAAUGGAUUCCUUAUGUUCUUCCGUUGCCAGAACAAGCCCGAGAGCAUCCACACUGAAGGCUCAGUUAGGGGGAGGUCUUACAUCUUCAGGGCCAACACCCUAAAUGGGAGCAUCAAACAGACUGCUGGCAAUGGAGCACUGCCCACAGAGGUUUAGGGAUGGGACAUCACCUCCAGGAUUGAGGCUGACUGGGCCCAGAGACAUUCUUGGGUGAAAGCCUUUUUUUGACAGAACAUUGUGCUGCCAAUUAUAGCCACAGCAGCC